AUUUCAUGAAGCCAACCUCUAAUGCUUCUCAAUAAGCAAAUCAAUGGGCUAUGAAAAAGAAGGAGCAAAUGGAAAAAGCAGCUCAGAUGAGAGCAGAACGAAAAUUAGCUUAAACUGGAGAAAUGGCUUUAGGUACUAAAACAAAUUAUGGUACUUAUAUAAAGUAUCCAAAGAUUAUGAUAAACCUCCAAGUUAAAAUUCUUAAAAAUAAUAUUAUUAAGCUGAUUUAGGUAAUAAUAAUGUACGGUAACCAUAAUUUGGUCAAUAGUAAUUUUAAAUGAAUGAUAUUGCUUAUCAAAAUGUUUAGCCUAACAGGCAAUCUUCUUUAGGAAAACAACAACCCUAACCAUCUUAUGAUAAGUAUGGAUAUAAUUAAAAUACUUAAUUUACAAAUAAUAAACCACCUAGUUAAGAGGGAUCAAGAAAAGUUUAAUAAGGUAUUUAAUCUAAGCCUUAAAUGAAUUAAGCAUAAUAGAAUAGAUAAUAAUAUGGCAAAAUUGAAGAUGAUUAUGAUUAUUAAUAAAAUAGAUAAUAUGGAUAACUUAAAUAAUAAUAAUAAUAAUAAUAAACAUAUAAUGUUAAAUAACCUACACCUGUUUAAAAACAAUAAUAAUAUAGACCACCCUCAGGAACAUAUGAUUAAUCUAAUGGAUAUAAUAAACCUUCUAAUUAAUCAAUAAAACCACCUGUUCAAUCAAAUAAGUAAUCAGCAAAUACUAAAUAAUCAAGUAAUCUUAGAAAUAAUUAAUAACCCACUUUUCAACCAUAAUAAUAAUAAUACUAUAAUCCAAUUGAUGAAAUACCAAUUAAGAAAGGUGAAAAUACUCCUAAUAUAAAUAUUCCAAAUCCUGAACCAUUAUAUGAAUGCUCAAAAGGAUGUGGAAGAUCUUUUGCAAAACUUGCUUUAUAAAAACAUGAAAAGAUUUGUAUUAAAGUAUUUCAAAAAUAAAGAAAAUAAUUCGAUGCACAAAAACAUAGAAUUAUAAGUAAUGAAUAAAUGAAUCACAUUAAAAAUUAAGAUAGAAUUGAAUAAAAAUAUGAAAAAGCUUUAGGUUUUUAUUUAUUCUAUUAUUUCAGCUAAAAAAUAAAACUGGAAAAAACAAUCUGAAGCUUUCAGAGCUGCUAUAAUUGCUGCAAAAGGUGGAAAGUUGACAAAUGAUUAAAAGGUUGAAAUUUAUUAGUAAUAUAGAAUGCCAUGAAUGAGGCAAGCAAAUCAAAUUUAACAUAAUGCAACUAUUGUGGAAGAAGCUUUAAUUAAUAAGCAGCUGAAAGGCAUAUUCCUUUUUGUGCUUAAAAAUCAAAGAUUCCUCCUAAAUAACCAUAAAAAAGGAGAUGA